CCUUUUCGACCGCGACGGGUAAAAAACCACAUGUCUUGCUCGGUAUCCGAGAUUUAUUAAAAUUAUGCUGCAUAGUGCUGUUAAAACAUAAACAAGUGCUUUUCGUGUCAACUAGUAACUGAAUAACUUUGCAAUUUGUGACAAUCUGUGUAAUAUAUUUGCAUUCGAGCUAAUUCGUAACCAAAAAACGUUCUAACUACCACAACCCACCAGCGCGUGAGUGAGCGAGCGAGCGAGAGCAAGUUACGGUGCGAGUGCAAAGAGUACGGAAACCGCAAAGCAAAGCAUACGAAAUAAAAACAACAACAACAACGGCAGCAGUAGAAGCAGAAGCGCAGCGCAUACGUGAAACGUUAGCAAAGCAACGAGCAAAGCAAAAAAAACGUCAAGUUGUGUAUCAAUUUUUUGUUGCUCUCGCGUGUUGUUUUCGUCGACUUGCCACACACACACAUUGUGAUUUAAGUUCUUGUUACUCGUUGACAUCCUCUGUAUUUGGUAAGGAAGCACCAAAGAGUUUCCCCAUCCAUCAACGAGAGCAAAGAUCAACCAGAGCCGAGCCACAAUCUGGAGUAGCGCAACGAAAGCUGCCUACUCAGAGAAUUGCAGCAGCAGGAGAAGCAGCAGACAUAAAUCGAACUCAAAAUGUCCAGCAGCAGCAGCAAGGAUGAUGCCACAGCAUCGAAUGCCGGCGCCGUUACCGUUGCCGCUGUUGCUGCAGCAUCUGCAGCGGCCACUGCAUCAUAUGCAAAUGUUGUCCAGAAUCUGGAUAACAAGAAGGCAGCAGUAGCCACUGCUACUGGCACUGCCACUGCUGCAGCCGCUGCCACUGUGGAUAACAAGGAGAAUCAACCGAAUUUGAAGACGCUCAAAUCGUGGAGUGAGGAAACCGCUGCUGCAGAGGCCGCUGUCGAAGAGUCGCCCACUGUGGGCGAGAAACGUGCCGCCGCUGGCGGCGACAAUACCGCUGAGAACUCUUCAGAACUGGAUGACAAUAAUGACUUUUUGCCGGUGCUCUCAUCGCAUCAUCGGCGUGACCGCAAAAAGGCACGCAAGGACAAGCCAACGCCGCGCGAAUACCGGGACAAGCAACAGCCGUCAGCUGGUGGCAGUGGCUCAGGUCCAGUUCAGGGCCAGGGCCAAAAGUCGGCUGCAGGACGUCGUCUGCCCGGCGGCAUCGAAGCUGACGGACGCAAGCAUAUGGCCAGGCAGCGCGUGCCACGCGGCAACAGUCCACGGAAAAACGUUGGCGCCCCGGGCGCCAGCACCAGCGGCAACGCCAACGGCAACGGCAAGACUCAAAAGGAACGCAAGUCUGAUACCUCACCCAGCGCCAGUCUGGAGGCUAACAACAGUGGCAACGAGGCCAAAGCCGGGGACACCGAUGCCCAGGCAGCCGCCUCCACUGCAGCAUCACCAGCUGCGCCACAGCCAAAACGCUUCAUCGCAGCGCCGCCGCCAAAGGUUAACGCUUGGAAGAUAUCAACAAAACAAGUGGGCAGCCCGAAAGCUGGCAGCUCGCCAUUGGACAAACGCGUCUUGCAGCCAAAAGCGCAACAGCAAUCAAAACAGACUGGCAGCAGCAAUAGCAACAGCAACAAUAAUAAUAAUAAUAGCAACAAAAAGACACAGCAGCAGCAGCAACCGCAGCAGCAACAACAACAACAACUGAAACAAGUGCAACAACAACAAGGAGCUGCAGCACAAACGGCAAUAAAGACCACGACAAUAACUGCAACAGCAACAACAGAAGCAGGAGCAACAGUAGCCGCAGCAGUUGUCGCAGUUACAGCAACAACAACAAAAGAAGCUAUUUCAACGAAUGUUGAUGCCAGUAUUGCGGAUGCGCUCGUUGGCUCAGUGGUAAAGGACAAAAGGAAGGUCAAUCAAAAGGCCAGCGACUUUAGCAACGUUGGUGAGUGGCCUACGCUUAUCGGCGGAGUUUCCGGCAGUGGCAAAGCCACCGUUAACGAGCCCAAACGUAACGCAACAAAAAAACAGCCUGUGGCCAAAGCAGUAACUGCAGCUGGCGUAGCAGCAGCAGGCACCACCUCAGCCAAUCAACCCGCAGCUUCAGUGACUACAGCAACAGCUGCCACAAGCAGCGACAGCAACGCCGAGCCAAACGUAGCCGCAGUUGCCACUAGCAGCAGCAGCAGCCAAGCCCAGAACGCCACAGUCAGCACGAGUCAGGAUGCCAAGAGCCAGCGAGAGGCCGAGCAACCCGCUGGCAGCGCAGCUGUCCCAGCUACUGGCGCCUUUGCCGGAGCUGCCACCAAUAAGAAAAUACCCAAGCACAAGUGGCGUCCACUGCAAAUCGAUCUGGCAAAGUCUAGCCGGCCCAAGCCCAUUGGUGGGCGGCCCAAUCGCCGGUUCAGCGACGAUGCAUACGAGCAGCGACGUCCGCCACGUGCUUACCAUGAGCGCGCUGGCCCAGCGGGAGCCCGAGGCUCUGAGGGCCACGCAGGAGGCGGCGGCCCAGCCGAAUCACGGCCACAUGGUGGCCGUUAUGCGUACAACGCACGCACGUCUGCUACGACCGAGCGCGUGGAUUCCUGGCGUAGCAGCGGCCCCAGUGCCGCUGUCUACGAUGAGCAGCGCUCCGGCAUCGGAGCCGAGGGGGCAGCCGGUGGUGCCGCAUCAGCGUCAGCGCCAGGGGCUGGCGGGUUGCGUGGGCCACGCCGCUUCCGGACGCCGUAUCGGGGCGGGCGGCAAGGGCGCGGUGGAUUCACAAGACCGGGACCAGGUCGUCCAACUAAUCGCAUACCACGCCAUCUGCUAGCUUCUGGCGAGUACGCCAACUACUUGCCGGCGGACGCAGCCGGCGCAGAUUCCUCGCAAUCCUACGUCCUCAUGGGCACCCACUAUUUCGGCAACGUGCCGGCUGCCUACAUUGAAAUGGACGCCACUAGCGUCAAAGAGGCCAUCAAGAAGCAAGUUGAAUACUAUUUUAGCGCCGAUAAUCUCACCGGCGAUUUCUUUUUGCGCCGUAAAAUGGACCCAGAGGGUUAUAUACCGGUCACUCUGAUCGCCUCGUUCCAUCGCGUCUUGGCGCUCACCACGGACGUGGCAUUAAUUGUCACCGCCAUCAAGGAGUCGGACAAGCUGGAACUUUUCGAGGGCUACAAGGUCCGCACAAAGACAACGCCCACCAUUUGGCCAAUUAGCGAUAUCAUUGAUGAAGCUGACAAGUCGAAGUUGCAGCCGAAGCUGCAACAGCAGCAACCACAGCAACAACAGAAGCAGCAGCCGGAAACCGUUACUGUGGAAGAGCCAGUGCUAAAGAAGACGGAGAAAGCAGAAAACCAGACUGAACCGCUCAAAGAGGCUGUGCAACCAGAGGCAUCGGUGGCAACUUUGUCAUCAACGCCACCGCCGCCAGUCAUAUUGAGCCCAGCCAUGGCGACGAGGCCAUUGAAUAGCAUACCGCCGCCGCCGGUGCCGCGCAAUUCGAAUCUGGUGCCUCAGAUGCUGCUGGAGAAGCAGCGACCCACAAUGGCGGCCAAAAACUCGGUGGAUGCGAUCAGUGCGCUCACCCAGCGUGUAGAGGGCGUUGUUGGCCAAAAGGCGGCGGCUGGGGCUGCCGCUGAGCUGGCCGAUCAUCUCAGUGGCCUCGCCGAGAGCGUGAAGCCCAAGAGUAGCUCGACGCCGGAGAAGCGAACGGCGGCGAAGGCAGCUGGAGCUGGAGCUGGAGCUGGUGAAGGCGAUGGGGUAGUAGCUGCUUUGGUGGCGGAGCCUGAGGGCAUGUGGAAAGAGGUAAAGAGACGCUCCAAAACAAAUGCUUUAAAAGAAAACGCUACUAAAUCUAUCAACAACAACAACAACAACACGACAACACAACAGCAAACGCUUUCACAAACGCUCAACAACAACAAUAACAAUGUAAAAAAUGUAAAGCCCAACAAGAACAACAACAACAACAACAACCACACCGUCACUGCAAACGCCACCUCGACCUCGUCCAUGUCCACCACGUCCACGUCCUCGUCCAAGUCCUCGUCUGCAUCAAACGCCACAUCCAACGCCUCAUCAGCCAGCAACACAUCCAUCGCUGCCUCUGUUACCACCAAUGCCACCGCCACUACCACCAAUACCACAACCACUUCCACCACUGCCACAAAAAACAAUAAAAAAUCAUCUUCUGGCAACGCUGCUUACACGACCAACUCCCAAUCCUCCUCCAAAACAGCUGCUGCUGCGCCAUCCGCUCAGUGCCAUGCCGAAAAAGAAGAACUAGACUUUCAAUUUGACGAGGAGCUAAUGGACCCCAUACCCGCCACCGGACGCAUCAACAACUUUACCGAAAACUUCUCCGACGACGAUGAAUCCGACUACGAAUUUGCUGACCGUGACAUCAACAAGCUGCUAAUUGUUGCCCAGGUGGGCCGACCACCCAAACACGAUGGCUACGAUCGCACCGCCGACUACACCUCACGUACGAAAAUCACUCAGGACUUAGAGAACAUAAUCAACGACGGGCUGGUCAACUACGAGGAGGACCUGUGGACCACCACCAAUGUGGUGCCCAACACCGACUAUCGCACCGUGAACGUCAUCUCACAGGCAGACUUUGAGAAGCUGGCGCCCAACAAGAGAGCACCAACCCAGUUGUCCCAUCAACCGCCGCCACCACCGCCGAGCUAUGUGGAUGAGCAUGAAGAUGCUGACGGCACCCUGGUGGAUGCUGAUGCCACACUCAAUUCGACGCUGAACUCCACACUGAAGUCACGUCGUGCGCGCUUCUAUGCCGCGCCCAACUCCCACUCAAUUGAUCCCCGCACUCCAAGGAAACGCAAAUUGCGUCACACCGCUAAUCCGCCGGUGGAAGCUCACGUCGGCUGGCUGCUGGAUACCGUGGAGCAUCGGCCCCGUACUACCUCGAUGGGCUCGUCGGCGGGCACAUCACCCACUACCUCGUCGUAUGGUUCCUUUGGAUCAUCGGUGCCGCAAUCUUUGCCCGUUUUCCAGCAUCCGUCGCAUGCGCUGCUCAAGGAGAACAACUUCACUCAGCAGGCCUAUCACAAGUAUCAUUCGCGCUGCCUGAAGGAGCGCCGUCGUCUGGGCUAUGGUCAAUCUCAAGAGAUGAACACCCUUUAUCGCUUCUGGUCCUUCUUCCUGCGCGAAAACUUUAACAAGAGCAUGUACAAUGAGUUCCGAACGCUGGCGCUAGAAGAUGCGCGCAACGGCUUCCGCUACGGGCUGGAGUGUCUGUUCCGUUUCUUCUCGUACGGCCUGGAAAAGAAGUUCCGCCCGAAUGUGUACCAGGACUUCCAGGACGAGACCAUUGCCGAUUAUGAAACAGGUCAACUGUACGGCCUGGAGAAGUUCUGGGCUUUCCUCAAGUACUAUAAGAACGGCGAGAAAUUGGAGGUGCAGCCGAAGUUGGCUGAAUAUCUAAAGAACUUCAAGACUAUCGAAGACUUCCGCGUUGUGGAGCCAGAGAUCAAUGAAAUGUUACAGGGUGUGGGUAGUCUGACCCCAGGGCGUCAGCUCAAUAGGCUGCGCAGCGUGUCCGAGAGUGAUGGCACAGCUGUGAUUACCGCUGGUGGAAGACGCCUGAACACCACCAUCACCAACCGCAGCGACUAUGUGGGUCGUCUGUUGCAGCAGCAGCAGCAGCAACAACAACAACAGCAACAGCACCAACAGCAGCAUAAUCAACACCAUCAGCAUCAGCAGGGCGGCUAUGGGGGCUAUGGACAGCAGCAAAAUCGUCGACGCACCGGCUCCUUUGGCAGCAGCACCGUGCGCGUGCGCAGUGGAUCCUUGGGCAAUAAGCCACAGGUGGUGAAUCGCAAUUAUCAGCAGGGACCACAGCACGAGCUGCGCCGCGGCGGCAGCAAUUCUGGCCUGGCGCCACACACACACAAACAGCGCCAAGGGCAACAGCAGCAGCAGCAACAGCACAAGUCAAAGCCGCAGGCAGCUGCUCAGAUUGGCGCACAGCUAAGUGCAGCACGUGCUAGCAAUUCAACCGGUCCAGUGGCAGCAACCACCUCGACCUCAGCAUCAGCAGCAACUGCAGCAGCUGGUACGUCAUCUUCCACCUCGUCGUCGUCGAAGAAGUAAUUCGUAAUUUCGCACCAAAACAUGGAUUAAGAUUAAUUAUGACUUACGAUUAGCUUGGAGCUACAAGUUGGAGGGUUUCGUUCGACUAUUCUCCAAUUCUCCUUUGUUUAUUCAAAUAAUUCAUAUAUAUUUUUUAGUAGUAUUUGAGUGAAGCGUUAUGUGGGAACAUCCGUUAGCGUUAGACUAAUUAAGUUAAAUUUGAACUUUGUUUAUUGCAAUUUCUUAAAGUUGGUUUAGUAGUUACGAUUAACUGUUUCGAUUGUUUUUUUUUUUCUUCUCUUUCUCAACGUCUAACUGAAACGAAUGCUUAUGAAAUGCUCAAUGUUUGUUGUUAGCGCAUGCAUACAUACAUACAUACACAGACACAGACACUGAUACAAACACACCCAUAUAUACAAACAGCACACAUAUACAUUCACAUACACAGGCAGCCUGUGCUCUGUGCCCAGUGCCAACCAGCUAUGAACUAAAUUUAUAAUUUUACAUUUUCAUCGCUUUUCAUUCACUGUUUGUUCAUAUUUGAAUAUAUAGAUGGUUAGAUAUUUGUAUAUUUUGUACGAGACAAACAAAUUUCCUACAGAAGCAGCGUUGUUAUUUGAACGCAUUGCCAUGAACUGUUGUACUAUAUAUACGAUAAAUAUAAAGGUCAAGAUAUAACGAUAAAUAAUAACCCUAAUAUAAUUACCAAAAACAAAAGAAAAACAAAAAAAAACGACAAAUGUAAACGAAAUUAAUAUACAGAAACCAAAUGAUCUUAAAGCAAAAGAAAUUUUGUACAUUAAAUAUGCGCAAAAGUA